CAGAAAUUGGUGGCUGUGGCCACCUACAAAGUUAUUUCCAUCAUCCUGGGCCCUUAUCUUUGACAUGGGAUCUGUUCUUCCCAGGUAGUGGGGGCCCAGCCAGGGAGGCACCUACCACCUGCCUUCUUCUCAGACACUCACAGGCCUCACCAGGCAGAAGGGACUCUCACUGAUGUCGAAGCUGCGGGUGUUCAUGGCGGGCUUGGAGGUACUUUUCGCUUCGGCGGCGCCGGUGAUCACCUGCGCGCAGGACGCGCUCGUCUGCUUCCUGCACUGGGAGGUGGUGACACACGGCUACUGUGGCUUGGGUGCCGGCGAUCAGCCAGGUCCCAGUGAUAAGAAGUCAGAACUGCUACCAGCUGGGUGGAGCGAUAAUAAAGACCUGUAUGUCCUCCGUUAUGAGUCCAAGGAUGGGUCCAGAAAGCUCCUGAUGAAAGCUGUCCCUGUGGAGAACAGCAUGAUCAUCAAUGUGCUGGAAUAUGGCUCACAGCAAGUGACAGACUUGACUCUGAACUUAGAUGAUUUUAUCAGUGCAGAAGACCUGGGUGACUUCCACAGGACCUACAAGAACAGCAAGGAGCUUCGUUCUCGCAUCCUAUCUGGAAUCAUCACACCCAUCCAUGAGCAGUGGGACAAGGCCAGUGAAAGCAGUGCCCAACGUGAGUUCCCCCCUGCCACCGCCAGAGAAGUAGACCCUCUCCGGAUUCCUCCACACCAUCCGCACACCAGCCGGCAGCCUCCCUGGUCUGAUCCCCUGGGCCCCUUUGCUGUCGGGGGAGAAGACCUAGACCCCUUCGGGUUCCGGAGAGGUGGCAUGAUUGUGGACCCCUUGAGAUCUGGCUUCCCAAGAGCACUUAUUGACCCAUCUUCAGGUCUCCCAAACCAGCUUCCUCCAGGCCCAACCCAGACCAUCUCCCUCCGCCGGGUUUCGAUGACAUGUACCUGUGAAAGCCUCAAGAAUGUAACAUCCCAGCCUCCUUUCUACUCUCCCACAGCUGCCACCACUGGCCCCACCAGCAGCCGUGGUCUUAUAGGCUGGGGGCAAGGGACUCUGCCCAUGUGUUUGCAGACCAGCUGGGAUUGCCUCCUUGCCCCUUCUCUAACACAAGGCACCUGCUGCACCUCCCCACCUGGCUGUACCUAGGUCCCAAAGAGAACUUGGUGUGUGUUUCAACAACAACUCCUCCCUGGUUCUUGCAGGAAACUCUGGCAAAGCACACCUUUCACCCAGUACAGCCCCAGUUGCAGCACUAUAAGAACAGAACGCAUUUUGGAUGUUAUUAAGAACCAAAUGUCAAUACAAAAUUCAUGUUGCCGGUUUCCCACUUUUCUUCUUUAUUAACACACUGCUCCUUCCAGUUAUGGAACUUCAAAAUUUGAGUCUUUGUUGGGCUAAAUGAUUAUUUUUCUAUUCAAGGCCCACUCUUAUUUCUCAGACUUUCCUUUCAUAAGUUGUUGUUGAUCCUGACAUCACUAAAAUGGACCUUAGUCAAGUUAUGUAGAUGGAAAUGUGUGACUGGAAAUGCCAUAGGCCACACAGUGACUUUGACCAGAACAGGCACACUGUGGAAGACUGCAGUAUUCUGGUGAGCGCAAAAUACCUAUAUUGCUCCUGUUCUGGACCCAUCCUCUUGGGACUGUCUGUGCCUGGGCAGCCAUGGCCUAUAAAAAGGAAUAAACAGGGCAGACCCAGAGGCCAGUUUUGCCCCAUAACUUGCUGAGCAACCCUAAGGAAAUCGUGGGACAUAGGAGGUGCCUUUCCUGCUCUAAAGCACUUUGGGGCUUCUUCCUGUGGAAGGCAACAUCCCUGAGGACCUGGAGCAAGAGGAAAAGAGUGAAAGUUCAGGGCUUUAUGUAGUACUUAAGCUACAGAGUCAGUAACUGUUUCUUGGCCUUUUUGGGGCUUGGACAGGAACACAAGCUCCAUCUGAGUGGAGUGUGGUACUGAACUUCAGGAGCAGAGUCCAGCCUCUUGUGGAUAUGUCCUGUGUCCAGAACCCUCUGGCCUUUGGCAUUCUCCAGGUCCUUUGCAGCCUGAGUCUAUCAAGUAUGAGCAAUGCUGAGCUCCAGGGCUGCAGUGGAGAGAGUACCAGGCCAGGAGGCACAAGAUUGAAGCACUUGGCAGUCCACAUUUCAGCCAUGUGUGGGUCCUUUACUCCUCAGCUCCCUGGAUUCCAUUCCCCAAAUUAGGACAUACCAUCUACCUGUAGGCAGCAGCAGGCUACCAUGGUCAUUUUGAGAUAACCAUUAGGGGGGUUUCUGUAACUGAGAACUGCCUGUCCAGCAGGGCCAGGCCCAAGGGGGCUCACUAAGCACAUACCUGGCAGUCCCCUGCAGUAACUGACUCCAGAAAUGGGACUAGCCACUCUGAAGCUUUUCUGGAGAAAGACUUAGAGAAUGGGCAAAGAUACUAAUGCCAUCACUACUCAUAACCUUCUCAAGGGACGGCAGGCGGAUAGAAUGUUGCUUUUGUUUUGAAAUUGGACUAACCUGCAACCAAAAGGGUCUGGAGCAAUUUGCUCAUGAAAACUUUUUUAAGCAUUUAAAGGAACAUCAGAUUAAACACUGUCAGAAAUAGAUACACGAAAGUUAGGUAACUUUGGGGAGUUUGACUCAAGGAAAAGAACAUUUAAACAAUAAAUUUGCCAUUUAGAUUUCCUAAUAACAAAGGUUAAAAAGAUACAUAUGUGUGAUAUGACAAAAAAUACACUGAAUUUUUUUUAAAAAUUGAUACAGAAAGACAUUGCCAUUAAGUCCCCUCAAAAUACUCCCCUGUGAAAAAUUACGGUGAUUUGUGUCAGGGAGAAAUGAGAUAGGAGAUUAGGGUUUGGCAAAGCUGGCUGGGGAAGUAGGCAUGACCUAUUAAUUACAAAACCUAGAAAAUCUGCUCAGAACAGUUUCCACAGUCCUGCAUGAGGACUUCUCACAGGAACUCGAGUAGGUUUUCAAUAGGAUGCCUAGAUUUGACGUCAGCCUGAGGCGUGGGAUCCCAUUACCACCUGUCAGGAUCCAUAUGUAGAAGUUUCACGGGUUUCUUUGAGAUUUGAACGGUAUAAAAGGACACAGAUACCAAGAAAAACUUGUUAUUGUGGCUUUCUUCAUGGUAGGUGACCCUGCUUUCUCCAGGCUGUUCUUUUAUCUUGCUUUUCCUCUUCCUCUGCCCAAGCUUCCUCUGCAGAGCCAGUUUCUCUCUCUUCACUUUUACUUUUUCUUUCUUUUCUUUCUUUUUUUUUUUUUUGUACCAAACUUAGGACCUUGGGCUUGCACGGCAGGCACCAGAACUACUGAGCUAAAUCCCCAGCCCUAAAAAUAGUUUUAUAGAAAGAGAAUUCACACAUCCAUAAAGUUCACCCUUUUAAAAUGUACAACCCACUGGGUUGUAAUAUAUUUAGUGUUGUUCACCCAUCACCGUAUCUAAUUCCUGAACAUUUUUACCACCCCCAAAAGAAACUCCAUAUCCAUUAGUAGUCACCUCCAUUUUCCCUCUCCCAGACCCAGGCAACCCCUAGUCUAUCUCUAAAAAUUUUCCUAUGCUAAACAAUUCUCAUAAAUGGAAUCACUCAAUA